AUGGUGUCGGGCUCGGGGAUCUGCGCGAAGAGAGUUGUGGUGGAUGCGAGGCACCACAUGCUGGGCCGCCUGGCCUCCAUCUUAGCCAAGGAGCUCUUGAAUGGACAGAAAGUGGUGGUGGUCAGGUGCGAGGAAAUCUGCUUGUCAGGUGGCCUCGUUCGCCAGAAGAUGAAGUACUUGCGGUUUCUUCGUAAGCGUAUGAACACCAAGCCGUCCCAUGGCCCCAUACAUUUCCGUGCUCCAUCCAAGAUCCUCUGGCGCACCAUCCGUGGGAUGAUCCCCCACAAGACUAAGCGAGGGGCUGCUGCACUUGCUCGUUUGAAGGUUUAUGAGGGUAUCCCACCACCAUAUGACAAGACAAAGAGGAUGGUCAUUCCUGAUGCUCUCAAGGUUUUGAGACUUCAAGCUGGACACAAGUAUUGUUUGUUGGGUAGACUCUCAUCGGAGGUUGGAUGGAACCAUUAUGAUACUAUCAAGGAACUUGAGACGAAGAGGAAAGAGAGAGCUCAGGCAGCGUAUGAGAGAAAGAAGCAGUUGACGAAACUGAGAGUUAAAGCUGAGAAAGUUGCUGAAGAGAAGCUCGGCGCCCAACUUGACAUCAUUGCCCCGAUCAAGUAUUGA